AUGCGCGUUAUUAUCGUCGGGGCAGGUAUAGCCGGGCUGUCCCUCGCGAUCGCCCUCGCACAGGACAAGCACGAAGUAUUGGUCCUUGAAACAGCUUCCCAGCUAGCCGAGAUAGGCGCCGGUGUCCAAAUGACUCCUCAGGCUAUCAAGUACUUCUUCCAAUGGGGUCUCAAGGAGGACAUUCUGGCACAGUGCAUCAUACCGGAGAGAAUAAAUAUCAAGGACAAAGAUGGAACUAUGCUAGGGGUGAUGCAGAUGGAUAAGAUAGAGGAGCUGUAUCGUGCGCCAUAUAUUGUUAUUCACCGUGCGUCGCUCCAUGAUAUCCUCCAUCGCCAUGCUGUCCGUGCUGGCACGCAACUCCUGUUGGAGAGCAAGGUCGUUCGAUAUGACUUUGAAAAUGGCGCGGUUGAGCUGAAGAGUGGGAAGCGGCUUGAAGGAGAUCUUGUUAUAGCUGCAGAUGGCAUCAACUCAUUUGCCCGCUCACAACUUCUCGGACCCUCGGACCCAGGGUCUCAGCCUACCGGAUGGGCUGCCUUGAGAAUGAUGGCCGAAGUAUCCAAAAUCCAACAGAACCCCGCAACGGCAGACCUUGUCGACCUCAAUUCGUACAAUUCCAACCUCUGGAUCGCACCAGAUAGGUCAUGCAUGACAUAUCUGAUCAAAGAUGCCUCGAUCCUGAACAUAGUCCUAUCCCACCACGACGAUAUUGACAUGACAGAGCUCAGCUAUGAAGAUCACAAGAAACUUGUAGAUGAGCUGUUUGGUGACUUUGAGCAUCCUGUGCAACAACUACUCGACCUCUCACUGCCGAGAAUCGUGAAUUACCCUGUUUACGCAGUUCCACCUCUACCCCAUUGGACACAUUCAUCCGGUCGCUUCACCCUAGUUGGGGAUGCUGCCCACGCUAUGGCAUUUUAUAUGUCGAUGGGUGUCAGUCUCGCCGUCGAGGAUGCGGUCUCGCUGGCAACAAUCCUCAAUCUUGCAUGUCCUGAUUCUGGCACUCCAUCAGACAGAAAGAAGCUCAAAGAUGCACUCGCCGUGUUUGAAGAAGUUCGGAAGCGCAGAGCUGGAGAUGUGCAAAGAGCAAGCCUUCGAGCUGGAAAUUCUUUCCAUGUGGCUGACGGCAAGGAGAGGGAAGCGAUGUAUCGACUAAUGCGGCAUGCAAAUGAAGACUUUGAGGUUGAAGAAGAUUGCCUUGAUAAAGGCCGCAAUGGGCGGGAUGAUAUCGAUUGCGCGCUCGGUGGGCUUGCGAAUAAGAAGACUCGCGAUUGGUGUUAUGGGUAUGACGCUGUUGGGGAUGUGACUGAUGCGUACAGUCUUUUGAUCAAAUCCUCGUCGGGGGAAAAUGGCAUGAUGAGAUAG